AUGGAUCACAGAAACCAUGUUUUUGGUUAUGACCAGUUUUUCAGGCAUAAAAUCAUUGAGAAGAAACAGGACCACACCUACCGUGUGUUCAAGACCGUAAACCGCUGGGCUGAUGCAUACCCCUUUGCCCAACACUUCUCUGAGGCAUCUAUGGCCUCAAAGGAUGUGUCUGUCUGGUGCAGUAAUGACUACCUAGGCAUGAGCCGGCACCCUCGGGUUUUGCAAGCUACACAGGAGACCCUGCAGCGUCAUGGAGCUGGAGCUGGUGGUACCCGCAACAUUUCAGGUACCAGUAAGUUUCAUGUGGAGCUGGAGCAGGAGCUGGCUGAGCUGCACCAAAAAGAUGCAGCCCUGCUCUUCUCUUCCUGUUUUGUGGCCAAUGACUCUACUCUCUUCACCCUGGCAAAGAUCCUGCCAGGGUGUGAGAUCUACUCAGAUGCAGGCAAUCAUGCUUCAAUGAUCCAAGGUAUUCGCAACAGUGGAGCAGCCAAGUUUGUCUUCAGGCACAAUGACCCUGAUCACCUGAAGAAACUUCUAAAGGAGUCCAACCCUAGGACACCCAAAAUUGUGGCCUUUGAGACUGUUCACUCCAUGGAUGGUGCCAUCUGUCCUCUUGAGGAGUUGUGUGAUGUGGCCCACCAGUAUGGGGCUCUGACCUUCGUGGAUGAGGUUCAUGCUGUAGGACUAUAUGGGUCCCGGGGUGCUGGAAUUGGGGAGCGUGAUGGAAUUAUGUACAAGAUUGACAUUGUCUCUGGAACUCUUGGCAAGGCCUUUGGCUGUGUGGGUGGCUACAUCGCCAGCACCUGUGACUUGGUGGACAUGGUGCGCUCCUAUGCUGCCGGCUUCAUCUUUACCACUUCACUGCCUCCCAUGGUGCUCUCUGGGGCUUUGGAAUCUGUGCGGCUGCUCAAGGGAGAGGAGGGCCAAGCCCUGAGGCGAGCCCACCAGCGCAAUGUCAAGCACAUGCGCCAGCUACUAAUGGACAGGGGCCUUCCUGUCAUCCCCUGCCCCAGCCACAUCAUCCCUAUCCGGGUGGGUGAUGCAGCACUGAACAGCAAGAUCUGUGAUCUCCUGCUCUCCAAGCAUGGUAUCUAUGUGCAGGCCAUCAACUACCCAACUGUCCCCCGGGGUGAAGAGCUGCUGCGCCUGGCACCCUCUCCCCACCACAGCCCUCAGAUGAUGGAAGACUUUGUGCAGAAGCUGUUGGUAGCCUGGACUGAGGUGGGGCUGCCCCUCCAGGAUGUGUCUAUGGCUGCCUGCAAUUUCUGUCAUCGGCCUGUGCACUUUGAGCUCAUGAGUGAGUGGGAACGUUCCUACUUUGGGAACAUGGGGCCCCAGUAUGUCACCACCUAUGCCUGAGAAGCCAGCUGCCUCAAAGCCCCACCCCAUCUGCACUUCACAUGGGACUAAGCCUCCUCCUGUCCUCUGCUUUGCUGUGUGCCUCUCACUGACUUCAGUCUGAAAAUAAAGAACAAACUGCAGCAUUUGUAGCCCUUCGUUAGACAGGAAACUGCAUUAUAUCUGACUCCUUCAGACAAGUGGCAGAGCCAUGAGGAAACCAUAGAUCACUUGUUGGUCUGACCAACCCAUUUUACUGAUAGGGACACUGAUCCAGAAAGAGG